AUGUUAAAAUCAUUUUACAAUAAUUUUGAAAAUGAUUAUUUAGCUGAUGAAGAUGUUUCUUUAAUAAACAAACAUUAUUGUAAAAAUAAUUGUUUUUCAUUUUUCAUACGUCUUAUUGGUGGAAAUACAGAUUUUACUAAUUGUGAUAAUUGUUUUUGUCAUAAUAGAUAUAAUGGAAGAUAUUGUCAAACUCGUAGAUCAACGGUAUCUGAUAAAUGUGGAUUUUUAUAUUUGACAGCAGUCAAACAUUAUAUGAAAUUAAGUCUGUUAUAA